ACCACCAAGGUCAUAUAUUUUAAAAUUACAUUAAAUUUCAAUAUCACAAUGUUGUUGUGCUGUUUCAAUACACCUCAUGCUCUUCUGCUGUUGUUUCCAGCCUGCCACUGCUACUUUAUCACAGGCCACUGCUGCACCUCCACAAUCUGAGGCUUCAGACACGGCUCCUGCCCCACGGUCAUUCCUGAGGCCCUCUUCUACUUUAUCAAUGUUCACUAAAUCACGGUAUAGUGGGUCACAGUUGUCUUCACUAAAGCCCAAUUUAGUAGAACGGAAGACCCCCAGCCCUUCUCCAUCCUCUGUGAGGACCCCAAGUGCUUCUCCUCCCAGCCCCUCACCUUCUCCAUCCUCUGUGAGGACUCUAACCGUGGCCACUGUGAGAACCCCUUGCCCUUCUCCAUCCUCUGUGAGGACCCCAAGUGCUUCUCCUCCCAGCCCCUCACCUUCUCCAUCCUCUGUGAGGACUCUAACCGUGGCCACUGUGAGAACCCCUUGCCCUUCUCCAUCCUCUGUGAGGACCCCAAGACUCCAACCGUGGCCACUGUGA